AAAAGCUUCUUCAUCGUAAACUGCGAAGUGCGUUUUUCAUUUUCCAUUUUUCAAUUUUCAUUUUUCAUUUUUCUCUCAGAAACUUUGAAUUUGAACGAAGAAAAAAACAGAACACAACAACACACACCUUCGACGAUUCCAAGUGUUGUGUUCUGGAAGAAAAAUCAGUUACAGUUUCCGGUGAGUGUUGCCACCGUGUGUGGCCGGAGAUGUUGCCGGCGCCGCCGUUAACAACAACCGUCGUGGUGACAAUCUCGCGCUACAGGUGAGAGAAGAUCGUGCGGGUUGAGAGUGAAUCUUGCGGGUUCUACAAAUGGAAGCUCCGAAGCUCACCCGAACCAAAUCGUCUUUGCUCCGGUGUUCUUCUCCGACGACCCGAUCCUCUAUUCCGAGCUUCACCUCGGUCAACGUCGACGAGUUUCGGGAAGAGGAGGAGGAGGAAGAAGAAGAGAAGAAGCCGAAAACCAGGAACAAGAAGAGGAACAGUACAAACCGGGUCGUGAAACCCGGUUCGGGUUCGAUCCGGUUCUUGGUUGCUCCGGUUCUGUGCUUGUUCGGCGCGUUUUCGCUGUUGUUCUACCCUCUGUAUUUCUUCUUCUUCAUCCUCGGAGGACCCACUUCCGAGAAUGUUUUGCUGGUUCUGAUCUUUGUUGCGGUGGCGUUGUAUCUGGUCAACCGGAACAAGGGUUUGAUCCAGAGGAGUGUUUCGGUUUGGAAGCAUUCGUGGGAUGGGAACCUGAAGUGGCUUGGUUUUUCGUCAAAGGGUAGUGAGAAACCGGUUCAGUGGUUCAUCGGAGACGCUUGUUCGGUGGUGAAGGAGGAGAAGAAGGGGCUUGGGAUGAAAGGGGUUGUGUCUACGGCGAGGGAAGGGGUUGAGUUUUACGGCAAUGGAGAUUUCUAUGAGGGUGAGUUUCAUGGAGGGAAGUGUAAUGGGAGUGGGGUUUAUCACUUCUUUGUCAGUGGAAGAUAUGAGGGUGAUUGGGUUGAAGGGAAGUAUGAUGGGUAUGGAAUUGAAAGCUGGGCUAGGGGUAGCCGCUACAGGGGGCAAUAUAGGCAAGGAAUGAGGCAUGGUUAUGGGGUUUACAAGUUCUUCACUGGUGAUUCUUAUUCAGGGGAAUGGUGUAAUGGGCAGAGCCAUGGUAUGGGAUUGCAGUGUUGUUCUGAUGGUAGCUCCUAUGUUGGUCAAUUUAAGUAUGGGGUCAAGCAUGGACUUGGAUGUUACCAUUUUAGAAAUGGAGAUCGAUAUGCCGGUGAAUAUUUUUCAGACCACAUACAUGGAUUUGGAAUCUACCACUUUGCCAAUGGCCAUUGUUAUGAAGGGGCAUGGCAUGAAGGUCGUAGGCAGGGGUAUGGUGUGUAUACUUUUCGAAAUGGUGAACGAAAAUGCGGUGAAUGGGAUGCGGGCAACCUCAAGCACUCUCUACCACCACUAACUGAUGCUAUCAUUCGAGCAGUUCAGGCUGCUAGGAAAACAGCAGAAAAUGCUAUAAACCUUCCCAGGAAUGAUGAGAUUGUGAACAAAGCAGUAAUGGCUGCAAACAGGGCUGCCACUGCUGCUAGAGUUGCUGCAGUUAAAGCUGUUCAGAGUAGAAUGGGUGGGAAUUUUUGCGACACUGAUGUCUAAAGUUUAGAUUUUUAGCUUUUGUUUGGAAUUGUAAAUUUUACAAAUGAUAAGCAUCUGGAAGAUGUCACCCCGGUGAGCAAAAGCUUAUUGGAGGUUGAAGAGAGAGUAUGUUUUGACGUUUGUUUCACAAGAUAAGCUGUACAUAGAGCAUGUAUAUCAAUGAAAGAUGGGUUUUCAAAA